AUGGCGGCGGGGCGGGUGUUCGCCUUCCGCGACGCGCGCUGGGCCCCGGACCCGGUGCUGGCGCCGAGCGCGGCCGUGCGCAGCCCUCAGCCGGUGCCGCUGGUGAUCGACAACGGCUCUUUCCAGACGCGGGCGGGUUGGGCCGCCGCCGACCCCUCGGUCCCCACCGAGCCCCUGCUGCGGUUCCGCUCGCUGGCGGCGCGCAGCCGCGGGGCGCGCGGGGCGGCCGGCGCCGAGACGCAGGUGGGCAACGACCUGGGCAGCCCCGAGCCGCUGCGCUGGCUGCUCCGUUCGCCCUUCGACCGCAACGUGCCCGUGCAGCUGGAGCUGCAGGAGCUGCUCUUCGACCACGUCUUCCAGCGCCUGGGGAUCUCCUCGCAGGGUUGCGUUGAUCAUCCAAUAGUUUUGACAGAAGCAGUGUGCAAUCCUUUGUAUUCAAGGCAAAUGAUGUCAGAGCUCCUCUUUGAAUGCUAUCAAGUUCCUAAAGUGUCCUAUGGUGUGGAUAGCUUGUACAGCUUUUACCACAACAGGAGGCAGAACUGGCCUUGCAGUGGGUUGGUGAUAUCUUCAGGCUAUCAGUGUACACAUAUUUUGCCAGUCCUAGAAGGGAGGUUGGAUGCUAAAAACUGCAAGCGUAUCAAUCUUGGAGGCUGUCAGGCAGCUGUGUACCUGCAGCGCCUCCUCCAGCUGAAGUACCCCGGGCACUUUGCUGCCAUCACUCUCAGUCGCAUGGAGGAAAUACUUCAUGAGCACAGCUACAUUGCGGAGGACUAUACAGAAGAACUACAGAAGUGGCGCUCACCAGAGUACUAUGAGAACAACGUGCACAAGAUGCAGCUGCCCUUCUCUAACAAACUCCUGGGGAGCACUCUGACAUCAGAAGAAAAGCAGGAGAGGCGGCAGCAGCAGUUACGUAGACUUCAGGAACUCAAUGCACGUCGUAGAGAAGAGAAGCUGCAGCUGGACCAGGAGAGGCUGGACAGGCUGCUCUAUGUACAGGAACUUCUGGAAGAUGGUCAAAUGGAUCAAUUCCACAAAGCUUUAGUGGAGCUGAACAUGGACUCUGCAGAGGAACUUCAGUCUUACAUCAACAAGUUGAGCCUGGCCAUUGAACAGACAAAACAAAAAAUCCUACAGGCAGAAGUCAAUAUCGAAGUGGAUGUUGUGGACAGCAAACCAGAGACCCCUGACUUGGAUCCACUCGGCAGCGAGCAGUCACUGGAAGAUGUUGAAAGUAUUAAUGAGUUUGAACCUUUAUUUGCUGAGGAACAACCUGAAGCUGAGAAGCCUGUUGCUGCAGUGCAGCCCGUGUUUAACCUGGCAGAAUACCACCAACUUUUUCUUGGCACUGAAAGAAUAAGGGCUCCAGAGAUCAUCUUCCAGCCCUCCCUGAUAGGAGAAGACCAAACUGGUAUAGCAGAAACGAUGCAGUAUGUCCUCGAAAGGUAUUCAAAAGAGCAACAAGCUGUUCUUGUGCAGAAUGUUUUUCUUACUGGUGGAAAUGCAAUGUACCCCGGACUAAAGGCCAGAGUCCAGAAAGAACUCCUCGAAAUGAGGCCAUUCCAGUCAUCUUUUCAGGUUCACCUUGCUUCCAGUCCCAUUUUAGAUGCCUGGUACGGGGCUCGGGAUUGGGCAGUGGAGCACAUGACCCGUGAGGAAGGUUGGAUUACCAGAAAAGACUAUGAAGAAAAAGGGGGAGAAUACCUCAAGGAGCACUGUGCCUCCAAUGUCUACGUGCCCAUUCGCCUUCCAAAGCAGGCCCCAAGGACUACAGAGGCAUUAGCACCCAGCAGGGCCCUGGCAGCUGGUCCAGGCAAUCCUUGUGAGCAGGCGUAGGAGUGAUGAGCUUUUGUCACAGUCCCUCCUGUGGAGGUAACAGUGCAAGGAAUAAAGCUAAUGCUCUGCAGCCUGAGCUGUGUGUGGAGCACAGGCCUUGUUGGCUGCUCUGAGAGUGCAAAGCAUCUCAUCUGUUGCUUGAAAGAGAUGUACUGCUCUAGAGCUGGAGCGAUUGUAAUGGGUUGUGCUGCUUCUGCAUAGCACGGGGAUGUGAAUCAACAAGGAGGAACGCAGGAGAAAUACAUUCCAGAGGAGAAUACUGUCUUAUGAACUUCUAUAAUAAGACUCGGGGUUAUUUGAAAAUGUUUGUGGAUAUUUUUUAAUUAAAAUGUACUGGUUGUA